AUGAUUUGUGAAACAACACCAAACUUUACAAGUUUAACUGAGAUCUAUGUUGAUUAAAAUUUUUAAUGCAUAUGUGAUUGGAAUGCUUUCGAAUUUACUGAAACCUCGUAAAAAUUAAUGUUGAUAAGAGAUUCUGAAAAGAACUAUAAUUCAUACUCUACUAAUACCAAAUUUUCAAAAAGUGUAAGUCUUUAUGUCGGCAUAUUUUCAAAAUAUAGUGAUUCUAUAAACAUAUCAAUAAACUCAAAAUUGCAAGAUGAUUGCUUAAGUUUAUGCAAGAACAAUGGAUACUGUAUUUAACAUACUUGCAUUUGUCUUGAAGGGUAUUUCGGUUAUGAUUGUGAGUAUCAAGGAUUUGAUAUUUUGAUAUAGGAUUAUCUAGAAAAAGAUAAAUUUUAUUAUCUUGAUGUAAUGAAGAUUGGAAGUUCUGACUUCUCUUUAGAAUUUAAAAACUCAGGAAAGGUUAGUCAUUAAUGUUUUAUGGAAAAUCCUUAUUUAAGAAAAGCCGAAGUUGAGGAAUCAGCUAGUAUAAAAAUAUCUGCGGAAGAAAUUAUGAAAUGUCAAUUGGCUAGUACAUCAUCUUCCAAGGCUCAGCAUUAUAUUAUAGUCUAAUAAUAUUCAGUCGGUUUUUUAUACAUUCAAUACUACUAAAAGGAAGAGGUAGACCAUUUCAAAACUAUUAUCAUAACUGUAGUAUCAACUGGGGCUAUUUGCUUAUGCUGCUUUGUGAUUUGCAUUUUUAAAUGUUACAGACUCAGACUCGAGAAAACAUAAUAAACAAAUAAUGCCAACAAUAUUGGAAAUCUUUCUAAGAACUUAAAGAUAUUUGAGAGUUCUUUUGACUGGACUCACUUAAUUCCUGCUGUCGAAUAUUAGAGUCUUUUAAGAAAAUCCCCUUAAAUAAAGGAUUAAAUUGAAUGUUAGAUUUGUUUAGAUUCUUUUAAAUAUGAACAAUUUGUUAGAGUCACAUACUGCAUGCAUGUUUAUCAUUAUAAAUGUUUUGAUAAAUGGAUGAAAUAAAAUUUAAUUUGUCCAAUUUGUAGAUCUCCAUAAGAUAGAAAAUCUAUAGACAAGAUUUAGGUUUAAGAAAAUUUGGCCAAUGCAGCAUAGUCAUAUUCUUAGAGUAGCAAUAGAAAUCCAGAGGGUCAUUCAUAAUAUAUUUACUAACCAAGGAAUAAGCGCUAUGGAGAUUUCCCCAUUUUAACACAUAAUAGGACUGGAGGAUCUUCAAAACUAAUAUAAAGCAAUUGA